AUGUCGCUCGCCGACCACGCGCAGAAACUCACAAGCACGCUCGAGGAGGCCAAGCUCGUCCCCGGCUCGGCGGCGGGGCUAAUCCCGGAGGGCUUCAAGCCCACGACCAAGCUCGAGGUGUCGUUCGCGGGCAAGGCCGUCGAGACGGGCAACUUCUUCCGCGCGGGCGAGUGUAAGCUCGUGCCCGGCAUCUCCUUCAAGGCCGAGGAGGGCGCGCCGUCGAACGCCUCGUACACGCUCUUCCUGACCGACCCGGACGCGCCGACGCCCGACAACCCGCAGUUCGCCUUCUGGCGCCACUGGGUCCUCCCCGGGCUGCAGCCCCUCAGCGGGGAUGCGGUGGUCGGGGAGACGAAGCCGGCGUUGACGGAGUUCCUCGGACCCGGACCCAAGGAUGACUCCAAGCCGCACCGAUACCUUUUCCUUCUUUACCGGGAGCCUGAGGGUCUCGACCUGAAGAAGGACGACGUUGGCGGGGAGGAGUUCGUGCAGAGACGGUCGUGGAAGCCGGCGGAGUUUGCGGAGAAGCAUGGGCUGAAGCUUGUCGGCGUCAACUGGAUGACAUGCGCCGGUGACGGCUGGACUGCGUAA